AUGCUGAACACAUUCUUGAAAAGAGAAUCUAUUAGAUGUCGAAAUAUACGGCCUAAUGGUCAUACUACAAAUAUAUUCAUCAAGAGAAGUUUUUUCCAUAGCAAGACAUUUGUUAGACCUUCAUUACAUUCAAAGGGAUUGAAAUAUCCAAAAGGUGGUAAUUUAUUCUGGGCUUAUUUGAAUGCACCUGGUAAUAUGUUGUUUUUAACUACAAAUUUCUUAAGUUUAGGUAUAUUGGUUACUUAUAGAUGUUUAAACACUAUUGCUAAUUCUGAUAGAAUAACUGAACAUGAAAUAAAUAAUUAUGCUGCACAGAUGUUAAUGAAGAAUGAGUUGAUGAAUAUGGAUUAUUCUGGUGAUAGAUUUGAUUUAUUAAGACAACAUUUACAAUCUAAAAGUAUACCAUUGGAGAAAGAAGAAGACAUUAUUGAAGAUCAAAUUUAUGAAAUCGAAGAUAUGAAUCAAGAAUCAACAACGCUGAAUACAAAACAUGAAAUGGGUCAAGAUUUAUUUGAAGAAGAAGAUUUAAUACCAUUAACAGAUGAAGAAUUAGAUUCUUAUGGACCUGCCACUUCAAGAAAUCUUGAAACUGAAAGAUUCCAACAAUUAUUCAUAAAUAAUCUUUUGUCAAUCCAUCAAAUAAGGAAUAUGGUUAAUAUGAUUUUCCAAGGAACAAACAAUACAGAUAAUAUAUCAAUAUUGAAUGAUUUUUCCCCUGAAACCCAAGCUGAUUUAAUUAAUGUAUUAUAUGAUAUUAUAAGUGAGAUUAAUCCAGAUUCAAUUCCUCAAAUUACAUCACCAGAAGAUCUAUUCAAUCAAGUAACAAAUAAUAAAGUAUUGACAUUAUUGAAAACUUCACAUAUCCCAUAUUUGAAAAAUGAACUUUCUAAAUAUAAUGAUGAAUAUUUAAAAGAUGAAGAUAUUGAAAAUUUCAAUCAUUUUGGAAACACAUCAUUAACCAAAGAUUCUAUCAACAAUUUAAUGAAAAAACAUGAUAAAGAUAGUCAAGAUUUAUAUCUUGAUUUGGCUUUAUUAUUAAUGAAUUCUAAAAUACCAAAUAAUGUUGAAUUAACUAAAUUAUUUCAACCAUGUUUGAAAAAAAUUGAUGAAAUGUCAUUGACUAAAAACAUUAAUAUUAAAACAAAUCUUUCAAUUGUGCUAAGUAGUUUAUUUCAAAAUUCCAAAGUGGAAAAUUUAAAAUUAAAUUAUAAAGAUAUUAUUGAUACUUCAAUUGUUGUUAAAGAUAAGUCAAAUUUAUCCAAAAUAUUAAAAGAUUUAAAUAUUGAUUAUCUUUCAUUAUUAAAUAAUAAUCGUAAUAGAAAUAAAUUUGCUAAAAAGGCAGGUAAUCAAACAAGAGGUUAUAAAGAUCAAAAUUUAGCACGUGAAACUUCAUUUGAUGUUAAAUUAUAUACAAGUGCAAUCCAAGGGUUAAUUGAAUUUGAAUUUGAUACAUUACAUAUUCAAAAAGCUAUAAAUAAAGUAUUCAAAGGAUUUUAUUUAAGUGGUGGUAAAGGAAGAGUUUUAUUUAGUAAUGAUUCCAGUAUAAAAGAUGAAUCAAUGACAUCAAAAGCAUUGAAAAAAAUUCCAUAUAAAUUAAUGGAACAAGUUAUUUGGUUAUCAAAUGCUAAAAAGGAUUCAUCAUUAUUAAAUUGGUGUUUUAAAUUAAUUGAAUUAAAUAAUUCAUAUAAAUCCCAUACUAAAGAAAAAUUAUUUUUACAAAUGGAAGAAAUUGCUAAAUCAAUUGGUGAUGUUGAAUUUUUACAUAAAUUAGAAAAGAGAAAUUAG